CUGGACAGCACGCUGCAGUGAGAUAUUGACGCCCCAAACCUGAAACCUAGACGCACUCGCUCUUGUGCAGAGCCUUUGCAGCCCUAAUGCCGUGCUUAGACUGCGACCGUGCUGGGAUAGGGGACGUCGACAUGUCUCUCUUCAUUUGCGCGUGCUCCACUUCAUCAGCCUCUGCGUCUGCCGUUGCGUCUGCACCAGCCCCAUAGCGUGCAGCACAUUGUCUCCACUGCGACUGCCACACGCAAUGGCCUCGCCGCUCGAGUCGAGGAUCCAGGACUUUGCAAUCCCCGUCUCUCCCCCAACGUCACCCACGACGCCCACGCCCACGUCGCCCGCCUCACCUGCGUCGCCCACGUCUGCCCACCGCGCACAUCUCACCAUCGACACCCAGCUCGACGGCCCCCCAUCUCGCGGACGCUCUGCAACAUCGACGACUGCCACGGCCGCACAGCCCCAUCCCGACAAUGUGCGCUCACCGUCCAUCACCUCGACCAUACGCCGGCGCAUCACGCGCUCCAACACGGUAAAACACUAUCAGUCGCCAACGCGUCCAAAAUGGGAGGAGCCUGGCGCUGAGCCUGGUGUCGACACCAAAAACGACACGGACGCAGCAAACUACCACCACCUCCACACCCACUGCCAGAUCACCGUUGUCGAUUUUUCCGAUGAGCGCGUAGAAAAAUAUGAAUUGGACAACAGCACUCUGGAGGAAUUCAUCAACACCCCUCAGCAGGACUGGGUGAAGUGCAGGUGGUACAAUGUGAACGGCUUGAGCUGGGACGUCAUCCGCAUGCUGGGGAACCAUAAGAAUCUGCAUCGCCUGGCCAUUGAAGACUUGAUGAGUACGCAAAGUAGGACAAAGGUCGACUGGUACUCGGACCAGGCCUUCCUGCUCCUGACUCUCUCCAAGCUGGUGCGCAUACCAAGCGACGACUCAGACAGCAGCGACUCGGACUCGGACUCUGAUGACGACCUGCCACGUCGCGAUCGCUCGCGCUCCAAACCGCGUUAUGGCAAGAAGAAGAAAGCUGUGUCAUUCCUCACAAAGGUUAAAAACGCCAUCCGCCCGGCCCGUGGUGUCUCCAAUAAGGAAGAUUUGGAGCAUGAGCAGGAUGGCCUGGAGAAGCAGGACUACAAUUUCGACGGCUCACCCCUCUCCAAGUUACCCAUUGCUGAACCUGCAGCACAUGUCCGUACUCUCCAACGCUAUCGUGGUGGGCCAAACCUGUCCCGCAUCUUGUACCUCGAAGCUCACUCUGCUCUCACGCCUAAGAAGCUCAACGUCAGCGUGGAGCAGGUCAGCAUCUUCCUGUGCUCCGACAACUCAGUAGUCAGCUUCUUCGAGCACUCAGCCGACGAGAUCGAAGAAAUGAUCCUGAAGCGCCUCAGCACAGAAGACACGAUCCUCCGCCGCAGCGCAGACAGCAGCAUGAUCGUCCAAGCCAUAAUCGACGCCAUAAUCGAUCUCGCCAUCCCCGUCGUAGCCGCCUACGAAGACGCAAUGGGCGAACUAGAACUCGACGUCCUCGAAGACCCAGCAAUCCACCACUCGCAAUCCCUCUACCUCCUCACAUCCGAACUCUCCAUCCUCCGAAACACCAUACAACCCAUCAUAUCCCUCAUAAACUCCCUCCGAGACCACAAAUCAGACCCCCAACAACAGUCACAACCCUCCUGGCCCGCAGCACGCUCCUCGUCAAUGCUACCAACCCGCAAAACAAUGUCCAACCUCACCAUCUCCCCCCUCGCACACACCUACCUCGGCGACGUCGAGGACCACUGCCUCAUGAUCACCGCAUCCCUCGACCAAAUGCGCCGCGCAGCAGACGCCCUAAUCGACUUGAUCUUCAACACAAUGGGCGCCUACCAAAACGAAUCCAUGAAGAUCCUCACCGCAGUCACUAUAUUCUUCCUCCCCCUGACCUUUCUCGUCGGCUACUUCGGCCAGAACUUCGCUCGCUUCGAUGGCGUGCAACUCCACUCCGACGCCUUUUUCUGGAUUAUUGCGGUGCCGGUUAUGGUGCUGACGAUGCUCGUGCUGAUGAGUCCGCAGCUGCUGAGGAGGGGGAAGAAGGUGAGGCGCAGUUGGGGGUUGCGGAAGGUGAGAAGGAGGGCGGUGAGGAAGGAGAGGGAGGGGGCGGGGAAGGAGGGCGGGUUGGCGAUGCAUGAUGGGCCCAGGAUGUCGGUGGGCGAGAAGAGGAGGUUGAGGAAGAGGCAGACGCUUUAUACUAGGGGGCAGAUUGGGUCGUUUUAG